AUGUUUUUCUUACAAGAGCCUUUUUUGGACAAUAAAACCAAGCAGACAAGUAUGGGCACUGCUGCCACUACGGACUGUUGUUAUCGACCAAAAGAAGAUACGGUCUCCGAAAGCAAUCAAGUGUUCGUCAUCUAUCAUCCAAAUGGACGAACAGCACGAUUUUCGUUACGUUUUAAGCGACAAGUCUAG